GCUCCACUUUAGCAUAAACAUACCAACAUUAUAGACAUACUGUUUUUUGAAAAUGAAAUAAAAAACCUGAAACUCUAUUGGUGGUGAUAUAAGAGCAGAUCAACAUGUGUUGGACUUACUUCUUGUGAAGAAUCAUCAAGAGUGUAACACUAUGUUUCGGUACUUCUUGGUUUUUUCAUUGGCCAUUUUACUGCUAACGGAAGAUGUUCACGCCUGGAGAAGAAUCAAAAAGUUUUUAAGAAAAGCUGCAAAGGUUAUUAAAACUGCCCAUACUAUUCAUACUGUAGUGAAAGUCGCAGCAACGGUGUUAGGAAAAAGAUCAACGAAUGACCAGGUAUUUAGUUUGAAUGUUUGUGAUUUCCGCUCAUUCGAUCUGGACGAUGAUCAGCGCAUCAGUGAAAAAGAAUUGUCAACACUGAUUGAUAUUACUGGAUUUGUAGAUUUGGAUGAGUUCUUUGAAAAACUGGAUGUCAACAAAGAUGAUGUCGUCACUAUAGAAGAAUACAACAGUUCCCAGAUUAUUAAGGAAGCGUGCAGCUGAUUAUUUGACACGGUUUUUCACUCUGUAGUAAUUUUUUUUAUUUUUACUAUUUUUCUAACUUAUGAUUAAACUUCUGUAUAUAACUGCA